AUGAUUACCGACGGGGAUGUGGUUGAGAGCGACGCCGGUGCUGAAGAGGGCAUGCUGGAUGGGCAGCGGAAUGCAGUUAGCGUCGCCGUAGGCAGAGAUGGAGACGGUGCCGACAUAGUUAGAGUUGACGAGAGCGGAGGUUAUGUUAUGCAAAAUGUACAAGUUCUUGCAAUCGUCGAGGGUCAUCUUAAUGCCACUAUCUUUGUCUCUGUGCUCGGUUGUGAGCCGAUCACUCGUAUAGAAUGCUUUGAUCACGUUGUUCAUGGUGGCUUUCACCGCCUUAGAGAUGCAAGCCUUGGGGUAAGCGGGGUCAGCAUUUUUAUCUGA